CAUACGGACAGGUAGGGCACACGGGUCUGGGAGUGUGUGAGCACGUACACGUCACACACACCCAGAAGCAUCCGCACACAAGAUACACACUCACCGUGAGUGACCCGUUGCCAUUGGCCAGGCCCACCAACCCUCUGCCUGUCCAAGCUGAAGAACAGGACCAUUUGGGAAAGGAGGAGAAAGAGCAGGAAGAUGGUAACGCUGAGGUUGAUGUGGGGACUCCUGGUCCUGUGUGUGGUGGCAGCCUCUCCCCGCAGAUACGUCCGACAAGCAGAACCAGAUAACUACGACGACAACAAUGUGGAUUUAGACCUGAAUGUGGAUAACGAUGAUGUCUAUGACUAUUACGAUGGAAUUGAUGAACCACAGAUAGAGAUUGGCACCUUGAGUCCUGAUGAGGACAUUGAUCCUUCACAUCAUGCCUCAUUGGAGGAAGAAGAAGAGGAGGAGGAGCAUGUGGAACAUGAAGAACGGAGGACAGUUGAGGGGAGAGAAAACAAGGAAGUGCCCAUAAAGCCUCAGUUUAUUCCAUCAGGCUCUGGGGAGUCUGGGACUCUGAUGGGCCCUAGUGCACAAGGAGAGGAGGAGCUUCGUCUGACGCCCAUUGACAAUCUUCAGAUUUCUGGGGACAUUUCGGGUUCUGGUGACUUGGGUUCUGGUGACUUGGGUUCUGGUGACUUGGGCUCUGGAGACUUACUUGAUGACAAAGCGUCCGGUUCUGGAGAGCUUUUGGGCUCUGGAGGUUCUGGGGGCUCUGGCGACAUAUCAGGUUCUGUGGACUCAGAGGACCCUGGUUCUGAAGUCUCUGGGCUUUUUGGUUCAGGCAUAAUAUUGAUCUCAGGUGGAGAGGAGGAGCUCCACUUGACGCUUGAAACCAUUCCACACGAGGCCUCUGGGGAUUUUGGAGAGUCUGGAAUCUCUUGGGUGUCUGGAGCUUCUGGGUUACCUGAGGUGUCAGGAGAGCCUUCUGCCUCUGGGGUUCUUGAUGUUUUUGAAGAGCCUUCUGGGGUACAUGAGGUAUCAGGAGAUCCUGGGGCCUCUGGAGUACCUGAGCUGUCAGGAGAAUCUGGGGCCUCUGGAGUACCUGAGCUGUCAGGAGAAUCUGGGGCCUCUGGAGUACCUGAGCUGUCAGGAGAAUCUGGGGCCUCUGGAGUACCUGAGGUGUCAGGAGAAUCUGGGUUUUCUGGAGAACCUGGGGUCUCUGGGGUAUCUGAGGUGUCCGGAAUAUCUGGGGUUCCAGAGAUUUCAGGAGAAUCUGGGCACUCUGGUAUACCAGAGGUUUCUGGGGGGUCCGGGACCUCUGGGUUGCCUGAGGUGUCUGGAGAGCCAUUAUUCUCUGGGGUGACUGAGGAGCCUGGAGAAAUUGAGCCUGUGGUCCCUGAAGAGUCUAAAAGGCCUGAGGCCUCUUGGGAGUCAGGAGAGUCUGGAAGCACAGAAGAGUCUGGGGUGACUGAAGCCCCAGUCGUCACCACUGAAAUAUUAAUACCUGACUUAGAUGAAGAGGAGGAGAUAUUCCUAACUACCCCGGCCACUCCCUUGGAGGGGACUGGGGGUGAUAUAGGGUCAGGGAUACCUGAUAUAACAGGUAUGGGUACCUGUAUGCUCUGCACCUGCUUGGUCGGAUCUGUGUACUGUGAUGACCUGAAGCUGGACCGUGUUCCUCCCCUCUCCAAAGAAACCACUCAUUUCUAUGCCCGCUACAACAAAAUUGCUAGGAUCGGCAAGUCUGACUUCGCCAACCUGAAUAAAUUAAAGAGGAUCGAUCUGACUAGCAAUGGCAUUUCUAGGAUUGAUGAUGAUGCUUUCUUUGGCCUUCCUGCUCUGGAGGAGUUGGUAUUACGAGAGAAUAGUAUUAGGCAACUUCCUGCUCUGCCACCCUCUAUGACCCUUAUUGAUGCCUCUCUCAACCAGCUGGGCAGUACUGGCAUUCAGAGAGAAGCUUUCAAGGACAUGCCAGGCCUACUCUACCUUUACCUGACAGAAAACAACAUAGACCACAUCCCGGUUCCUUUGCCUGACAGUCUGCGCUCUCUGCACCUACAGAAUAACAAUAUUCAAAUGCUGCAUGAGGACACCUUCUGCAAUCCACAUGACUUGAAUUACAUCCGCAAUGCUCUUGAGGACGUUCGCCUGGACGGUAAUCCCAUCAACCUCAGUAGAACCCCACAGGCCUACAUAUGUUUGCCACGUAUCCCCGUUGGUGCCCUUGUUUAAGCAGAGAAAACGCACACUCAAAUGCACGCGUACAAAACUCACACGUAUGCACAUGCAUCAAAACUCCUCUGUGCGUACCUCUCUCUUUUUUUUUUUUUUUUUUUACUUUGGGCUCAAGCAAACACUUGGAUAUGAAUGGCUGUCUUUAAAGAAGGUUGGCAUAAAUACAUAAACUCACACUCUCACAGGAGUUCUGGUGGACACUUCCAACUCUACGCUGCUU